AUGGGACCAAGACUGACUAAUGAAAUAGGCUUAAAAGGAGCCGCAGCAGCCGUCCCCCCCUUGCCCCCCUGCGGAGAGCCUGGGCACAGGGCAGUUCUCAGCCGUGGGGGCUGGGGCCUGGGGCCGCGGCCGGGGCGGGGACAGGGGGCGGAGUGUGGGCCCCUUGGGGCUCCCGCGGCUCCCCCACCCCCACCCCGGCUGAGAGAGGGGUGUGCGGGGCUGCGGGGAGAACGCUGCGCGCGGGGGCAGGUGCGGGGUGUGGGGUGCGGGAAAGGCAGCAUGCUCCCAGCUUUGGGAGGCUUCCUGCGCCUCGGCUUGGGGUCCCGGGUCUGGGUUCCUUGGCCCCAGAGCCUACCCCGUUCUGCCAGCGGCGGGACCCCUCGAGGUCAAGGUGAGCCAGCGUCGGGGAGAACGGCCGGGGAGACGUGGCACUGCUGGGGAGAAAGGCUGGGGAGGGGGCCCGGGAGCCUGGGGCGCGCGGGGGGGGGGCAGGUUGGAUCCGCCUGUCCCCUCGCCCAUCCCCGGCGCCUGUGCCCUCGCCCCGUCCCGGCAGAGAAGCUCCACGGGGUCCCCGCGCAGCUCAAGCCUUCGCAGUUCGACAAGAAAAUCCUGCUGUGGACCGGGCGCUUCAGAUCCGUGCAGGACAUCCCACCGCGCGUCCCGCCUGAAAUGAUAGAUGCUGCAAGAAACAAAGCUCGAGUGAAAGCCUGCUACAUAAUGAUUGGACUCACGAUUGUGGCCUGCUUUGCAGUGAUCAUUUCUGCCAAAAGGGCUGCAGGACGACAUGAAUCUUUAACAAGUUGGAACCUGGCAAAGAAAGCAAAGUGGCGUGAAGAAGCAGCAAUGGCUGCACAGGCUAAAAUGAAAUGAUAUUC